AUGAUCAGAGAAGGUGGAUAUAAUGAAGAAUAUAGUUAUGAUAGGAUGGCUACUUUGGAACUAGGAACUCAAGAGAAUAGGAAGUACCACGCGGAUCUGCAAAGCAAGUUACACCCAUGUGUCAAGUACAAAACCUGGAUGUUUUCUUUGCUGAUUGGGAGUUGCCUUCUUGGAACCUCAGGAUUUUCCCUUUACUUAGGAAAUGUAUUCCCUUCUGAAAUGGACUAUUUGAGAUGUGCUGCAGGAUCUUGUAUACCUUCGGCUGUUGUAAGUUUUGCAGUGUUGAAGAACAAAGAGAAUGUGAUCUCUUAUUUUCAGAUUUUACAUGUAUCAACAUUUUCUAUUAUUACUACCUGCCUAAUAUGGUUUGGCUGCAAACUAGCAAUUAAUCCAACAGCAAUUAAUAUAAAUUUCAAUUUGAUGCUCCUCAUUCUGAUGGAAAUUCUUAUGGCAACAAUAGUGAUCAUUUCUGCAAGAUCGCGGGUGGACUGCUGCCCUGAAAAAAGAGGUACAACUUGUGGGAGCUCAAACAAUCUAAGACAUGUUCAGUUUCCUGCAAGGAUGAUGAAGUUUUUCUCUAUUAUUGAGGUGGUAGUUGGAAUGUCUGCAGUAUUUGGUGGUGUCAUUGCUUUACAUAUUGAUGCACUCCUACACAGUCCUUAUUUGUAUGUCUCCAUCUUUUGGGUAUUAGCAGCUUGUUUCCCAUGUGCCAUUGCCAGCUAUGUUGCAGCAGAAUACCCAAGCCAGUGUUUGGUUGAAGUUCUGAUUGCUACCAGCAGCAUUACAUCUCCAUUAUUAUUUACAACUUCAUCUUACUUGUCUAUCUAUGUCAUACAGACAGUCGUCAUUUUUAAAACCUACCCACCUGAUGUAACACACUUUUAUGAAGUGUUGCUCGUACUCCUGAUGCUGAUCCUAUUGGUUCAAGCUGUGCUCACAAAUAUUACAGUCAUACAGUGCGUCCAUUAUAAAUCACAAAUGAGAGUUCUGGACUCAUCCUGGAAUGUAUCAUAUGUGGACAAGUCUGGUCAAAGAAAUAAUGAAGUGUACACAGGGCAAAAGGCAGUAGUGCUGGUGUCAUCGAAGAGUGGAAGUACAGCUGAAGCUGUACAAAACAAAACUAAAAAGAAGAGUUUUGCUUAUUGA